AUGUCCAGCGCCCUCAUUCAGCUCCCCCAAAUCCAAACCUCCAACAAAGCGCUCCUCUCUGCAAUCGAGGCGCAUCCCGCCUUUCCAGCACAGCAGCAGGCGCGCUCGGGCAAAGUCUACUUCAUGCACGACUUUGCCGCUCGCACAGACGCCAUGUUCGACAGCAUCCUGAACGAUGCACCCGCACCCGACACCCCGGCCACAAGAGGUUCCGUACCCCAGGCCAAACCGAGUACCAUGACGGCUGGCCAGAGAGACGAGUUGAAGAGCGACGCCAUAGGGCGCUGUAUGAUGCUGCAUUCCAUGAUUACAGACACUACGGGCAUGACGAGUACCAUGUUUGGCGAGCAGCCUGGCAGGGGCGUAGAUCUGGGCGAUGCCGUCAAAAGGGCGAGCGAGGCGCUUGUGAGAGUCAUUGAGAGUUGA